AUGGCUGAGAGAAAUAUCACUGAGAUCAUGGAAUUUGUUCUCUUGGGCUUUACUGAGAAUCCUCACCUCCAGUAUGCCCUAUUUGUGGUCUUCUUCCUGAUUUAUCUGAUCACUGUGGUGGGAAACCUGUGGCUCAUCCUUUUAAUUGGCUCCAGUUCUCAACUUCACUCUCCCAAGUAUUUUUUCCUUGGCCACUUGGCCUUCUUAGAUUUCUGUUAUUCAUCUGUGUGCAUCCCUAAGAUGCUUGUAAAUCUCUUAGCUGCCAGAAAAGUUAUCUCCUAUACGGGCUGCAUCUUUCAGUUUGCUCUCUUCAACAUGUUCCUGACAACCGAAUUCUUUCUUCUGGCAGCAAUGGCCUAUGACCGAUACAUGGCCAUUUGCAAACCCCUCCACUACCAAGUUGUCAUGACCACCAACUUCUGUUUGCGUCUGGUGGCUGGUUCCUAUGUGUUUGGCUGUGUGACUUCACUUACACAUAUGGGAAGUUUACUCAGUUUAUCUUUCUGUGGCCCCAAUGUCAUUAAUCAUUACUUCUGUGAUAUUCCAGUGCUCAUUCAUCUGGCCUGCUCUGAUAUUCAAAAAAAUGAGCUUUUGCUCCUAAUCUUCUCUGGGGUAACAUCAAUAACUACCUUUCUGGUAGUUGUUAGCUCCUACUUCAGUAUCUUGCUCACUAUUCUGAGGAUCCCUUGCCCCCAAGGUAGGUAUAAAACUUUUUCCACAUGUGCCUCUCAUCUAACAGUGGUCACUCUAUUCUAUGCAACAGUGAUAUUUACUCAUUUGUGUUCCAGCCCUGCCCAUCCAUCAGGCUGGGCAAAAAUUGUGUCUGUGUUUUAUACUCUUUUGCUGCCAGUUCUUAAUCUCCUGAUUUAUAGCAUACGAAACAGGGAGGCAAAGGAAGCACUGAGAAAAAUGGUACAGAGGAAAAUACUUGUCCAAUGA